CCUUACUCAGGAAUCAACUUUUACUGCGUCUCUUGCAGGCACCUCUUCAAGACAGAGAAGCAUCUUACAGCAACUGUCAAUCCCAGGAGGGCUCUCCCCCUUCAGCCAGGUGAGCUCUCCACCUCCAGCCAGGAGAAUGGAGGAGAGGGGCACGAGUGGAGGGUUUCUGAGCAUGGAGCCAACCAUUCCUGCUUGGGGAACCAAAUUCACACCAAUGAAUGGAAGUGAUACGGUUUCUCCCGUAACUUGUGACAUGAAGAUCCUGACUCGCAGCUUGCUGGUCUUCGUCAUUGUCCUGGGUGGGCUGGCAGGAAAUGCAAUUGUGCUCUCCCUCUUGGGCUUCCACCUACAAAGGAACACCUUCUCUGUCUAUAUCCUGAAUCUUGCUGGGGCCGACUUCCUCUUCCUCUGCUGCCUGAUUAUAGAUUCCUUGAGUAAAAUCAUCACCUUUUUCGAUAGCAUCUCCAUCUCCAUCCCCUAUUUCUUCAACACUGUGAUCUGCUUUGCCUAUAUCACAGGCCUGAGCAUUCUCAGUGCCAUUAGCAUUGAGCGCUGCCUGUCCAUCCUGUGCCCCACCUGGUAUCACUGCCGCCGCUCAAGACGUUCAUUGGUUGUCACGUGUGCUCUGCUUUGGACCCUAUCCCUGUUGCUGAGCAUCCUGGAAGGGAACUACUGUGGCUUCCUAUUUAAUGACUUUAACAAUGGCUGGUGCCAGACAUCUGAUUUCUCCAUUACUGGCUGGCUGAUUUUUUUAUUUGUGGUCCUCUCUGGGUUCAGCCUGGCCCUGGUCGUCAGGAUGCUGUGUGGUUCCCAGCAGAUGCAGCUGACUAGGCUCUAUGUGACCAUUCUAAUUACAGUGCUGGUCUUCCUUCUCUGUGGCCUGCCCUCCGGCAUCUAGCGGACCCUUUGGUACUGGAUUCAAACAGAUUACAAUUCAUUCUUUUGUUAUUUUCCUCUGGUUGCACGUACCCUGUCCUGUGUUAACAACAGUGCCAACCCUAUCAUUUACUUCCCCGUGGGCUCCUUUAGGCAGGGACAGUGGAGGCCAAUCCUCAAGCUGGUUCUCCAGAGUGCUCUGCAGGAUACUCCUGAAGCAGAAGAAUGUGGAAGAAGCUUCCCUUAGGAAACCAUGGUGAUGUCCAGAAGCAGAAUUGUGCAGUGAUCAAGAGCCUCUGCCUUGGUCAAUCAGAUAUGACUGAAGAGUCAACACUUCUCUGCCAGACUUGAUAAUUAUCUGCACUUCUGUCAGCCUCACGCCUCUGAUGUGCCUCAGGGACUCGCCAAUGUCUUCAAAGAUAUUUUUUUUUUCUCACCUGGUUUUUUUAGCUUUUCUCAGAAAAAGCAUUAGUCUGAAAGUUGAAGUUUUCUAUGAUUCUUGAUACUACAGGCAGUCCCCAGAUUACAAGCAAGUUCCAUUCCUAAAUCUGUCUUUAAGUUGAAUUUGCAUGUAAGUCGGAACAGUUAGGUACGGUUCAUAUCUAACAUCAGUCAAAUAAAUGUUUGUCCUAGUAUAUAGUACAUAGUGUAGCUUUCAAUGCAUAAAAAACAUUAAAGAAACACUUCCAGAUAUAUUAAACAUCUUAAACACAAUAAUACAGUAAUAAUAAUAAUGUUUGGAUGCGUGUAGCAAAGUUGCCCCCAUUUCUUACUAAAAACCAUUGUAUUACCUCAAACAUUUAACAUGAUAGACAUUACGAGGGUUAGUUCAUAACUAAAGGUUGUACGUAAGUCAGACAUCCAUUACCCUGGGACUGCCUGUACCAAUAAACUUCUCAUAUUAUCUUCCUCUUAUUUGAUCCUUUUUUUUCCCCCUAGUUUUGUUGCAAAGGAGAGAAACCUGACCACCCCUUGUUUAUUAUUUUUCUACCUGAUAGAACAGAAAAA